AUGGAACUUGAAAAUGAAAUGGGCAAUCUGUGUCUCGUCGAUGAAAUUGAUGAACGAUUUGUGAGCAAAGUUAAAAAAGUGGUUGAAACUAUCAGAGAAACUCAUGCUGUUUUAUCCGAAAUUAAAAUAAAUUUUGAAUCGCGUAAUACAACUCCGAAAAAUGCAUCCAAGAAAAAGCUUUCUCCAGAAAUCAUUAAUUCGAUGAAUCAUCUAUCUGAUUCAAAUUCAACUUCCGAAUCGUCUCUGGAUGCAGAUUCCGAUAAACGAAAGAAACCCAAGCGCGGAUUCAAUAGAACAAUAUUCGAAUUCAAAAGUGCACUUUUAGAUUUGAGAAGGGAAGCAAAUAAAAUGAUGCUUGAUUCCAAAGGUGAUGAUUUGAUUAAAUAUUUUGAGGAGUUUAAUGAAAUACGACUAGAUGUUUUAAGUCGCUUAAAGGAAGAAAGUGAUAAAUUGUCUACAUUUAUUAAACGGCAUAAUGGGGAGAAAGAAGAAAAAAAGAUGGCUGACUUGGAUAAAAUUAUUGAUGCAGCAGCUGCACAAUUAUAG